AUGGCGGCGGUUGAGGAGCGACGGCGGAUUGUGGCCGUGAUCGGGACGACGGCUGUGGGAAAGUCCAAGCUGGGGAUGGCACUGGCACUGGCGCUGGAUGGCGAGAUCGUGUCGUGCGACUCGAUCCAGGUCUACGCUGGCCUUCCGCUUGCAUCGAAUCAGCCGACUGCGGCCGAGCUCGCUGCUGUCCGGCAUCAUCUUGUGGGCCACGUGGCGAUGGACGGCACGUACUCUGUGCAUCAGUUUGUGGCCGAAGCGCAUGCUGCGAUCGACGACAUUUUCGCUCGCGGCAAGGUCCCGAUUGUGGUCGGCGGCACGCACUACUACCUCAACGCGCUGGCUGUGGCGCCUCUGCCGAGCGCUCAGCUCGCGGCAGCAGUGGCUGCCGCCGAUCCAUCUGCUGCAGUCGACGCCUCGCACCUCGAUCUUGCGGCCCUGGCGCAGGCUGAUGAUGCCACGGCGCACGCGGCUCUGGCGUCGGUUGAUCCGGUGACGGCGGCGCGGACGCACCCGAGCGCGCGGCGGAGCGUGAACACGGCGCUGCGGACGGUGGUCCAGACCGGCGUCCGGCACUCGAACGUGGUCAAGGCACAGCGUGCGGCUCCCGAGCCCGCGCGGUACGAGCCGCUGCUGUUGUGGCCGCGGGCGGAGUUGGACGUGCUCGACGCCCGUAUUGACGCCCGGGUCGACGCCAUGGUCGACCGCGGCCUGCUCGCCGAGCUCGACGCAGCAGCCGAGCUGCUGGCGAGUGGUGGCGCGAGUCAAGGCGGCGACGCCGGGCUUGUGCAGGCCAUUGGUCUCAAGGAGUUUGCGCCGUACCUGGAGAGCCGGACGAGCGCGGCGCUGGAAGCAUGCUUGGUGCAGCACAAGCUGGCGACACGGCAGUACGCCCGAAGCCAGAUCAAGUACAUCCGCAACGUGUUUGUCAGGCGUGGGGUCAAGGUCUACCCGCUCGACGCCACCGACGACUCGGCGAGUGGCUGGGAGGCUGCGGUCAAGGCGCCAGCCGAGGCUGCGGCGCGGGCGUGGCUGGCCGGGAGCGAGGUGGGGCUGUCGGCCGAGAAGGCGCCAGCCGAGGAGGCUCACGAUCCGUGGGCGGUCUUUACAUCAUGA